AAAAAAAAAAAAAAUUAGUCCAAUCUCUUUCUCUCUUUACUUCUCGACCUUGACAUCAACGGUUGAAACACGGCACUCUCUUUUCUACCCUUCUUGGAAACAGUCAGUGUAACGUAUGCAAAUCCAACUCUACCCAUCUGCAAUAUGUAUUCCGGCAACGCAUUUCCAUCUUAUUGAUGCAAUGGAUGCUUAUACCCAUGGGGUUUCCCUGUAAUAUACGCAUGGACAGCCAUACCAUGAUGGACAUCGACAGUUGGACCUGUGAGAUGCGAUCUCAGUCAGACCUUGCCAUGUCGUACAGUAGCGGUGCUCAGCCACCGUCCAUCGGAAAUGUGAGGCAAAUCGUCGUUUCUGAACCAUCCGGCAGUAAUCAGAUGUACAGCGAUGGACAGCCACCAUCGGUCAACGGCGUAUGUAGACAAGCACCAUCUCAAAGUGAGGCAUCUGAAGGUCCUGAUGAGCAUGAAGUUCAGCAGGUGAUCUACAAGAGAGGAGCAAAUGAUAUUACUGCAUAUGUAGGCCAUGACGAUCGUACACAAGACCUGGUUUCAGGGUUUUCUGGUUCGAAUGUUUUCCAAUCAGUUGGAGUUAAACCUGUGAAUUUGAACUCACUUGAUUUGGCCAUAAACGAAAAUGGUUACUUGAACAGCAGUGUUCGGGUCCCACCACCACAAAGGUUUCAGCAAAUGCCGACCUAUGUCAAGGUGUACAAGAGAGGAGAAGUUGAAAGGUCAAUUGAUAUUAGUGCAUAUUCAGGGUUUUAUUAUCUUAAACAAGAAUUGGGUCGGAUCUUUGGAAUGGAGGGUCAACUGGACUAUGCACUGAGAAGUGGCUGGCAACUUGCAUUUUUGGAUCGUGACAAUGGCACUCUCCUUCUUGGGGAUGAUCCUUGGGAGGUGUUUGUAAAAAGCGUAUGGUGCAUCAAGCUCUUAUCUCCUCGAGAAGUCUUGGAAAUUGCCAUGGGUGGUGGAACUGUUUAAACAGUUUAAAGGUCGUGAUAAAUGUGGUGGAUGAAACUAUAUCCAUAAUUUCACGCAUAUUUCCCUCUCUCAAAGCUGAAUCUAUUUUCUUCUUCUUCUUCUUCUUCUUCAAGAUUUGAAUUUCAUAAUUAUGGAGAGUAGAGAGAGAGAAAGCACUUGCGUCUUUCUCAGUUGCUUCACAAGUUCUAGAUUUUUUUUUAUGAUCCAUCAAGCUUAGUAAUGUAAAUAUGUAAUUUUACUCUUCUUUAGUAGUAGUUAAUUGUAAGAUUUUUGUUUUGGAACGAAUAUAUGCAUAUUAUUGAUGUUUGCUUGUUUCUAUUUCACGAUCAAAGAUUGAGAAAUACAGAUUCGUUGAAGCUUCUUGGAA